UCCUGUUAAUUUAAUUUUGUCACUGCGGCUGGAGAUCGAUCGAGUGUUUGAUUGGGUUGUUGGGUUUUACCCUCUCUCUCUCUCUCUCUCUCUCUCUCUCUCUCUCUCUCGCUCGCAAAUGAAGAAAUCAUGCAUAUAUCACUUUCAGAGAUUUGUUAGCAUACGGUUCUCCUUCCAUACCUGCUGAACUUAUUUUCACUCGCCUCAUACACAAUUGAAAUCAGCAGCAAAUUGGUCUAUAUAGAGUCAGCAUCUGCCGCAAACUCUGAUCGUUGUGUCCAACUGUACUUAUAAUACUGAUGGACAAUUACCAAGACAGUAGAUGUCUUGCCUUAGAGAAGGCGUUAACUGAUGAAAAUGUGGAUCCAACCAGCCUACCUUUCUUGUUCCUCAAGGCCAUCACACAAGAUUUCUCUGAUAAUCAGCGAAUCGCCAGUGGUGGUUUUGGAUCUGUUUAUAAGGGAGCGCUUCGUAAUGGGAUGGUCGCCGUGAAGAAGCUUCAUAACAAGAUUGAGGUUCCAGAAGAGGAUUUCCUACGUGAGGUCGCCUGUCUCAUAGAGGUGAAGCACAGAAACAUAGUACGGUUUCUAGGCUACUGUUAUGAAACGCAACACACAAUGGAACUGUAUCAGGGAAGAUAUGUCGUGGCAGAUGAGUGGCACAUGUUGUUUUGCUUUGAAUUUCUAAGUAAAGGGAGCCUUACCAAGUAUGUUACCGAUGCAUCAUCUGGACUUGAGUGGAGAGUGCGCUAUCAAAUAAUUAAGGGGAUUUGUGAGGGAGUGUGUUAUCUUCACCAACAGCCUAUUGUUCACAUGGACCUCAAACCUGAUAAUAUACUACUCGACGACACCAUGCUGCCUAAGAUUACGGAUUUUGGUAUAUCCAGACGCUUCAGGGAAAACCAAAGCAAGAUUAUUACUGAAAAUAAAGUUGGGUCAUUGGGAUAUAUGGCGCCAGAAUUUUUAAGAAGUGGAAUAAUCACAUUGCGGACAGACAUAUAUAGUCUCGGUGUUAUAAUCAUAGAGAUUCUAACCGGAAGUAAGGAAUGCCCCAAUGUUAACAAGGUGCUUGAAAGUUGGACGAACACAUUUGGGACAUCAAAGAGCACUACACCACUAGAACAAGUAAAAUUAUGUGCUGAGAUAGGGAUAGAUUGCAUGCAUGAUGACCCAAGCAAAAGGCCAGAUAUACAGGAUAUUAUCGGUAGGCUUAAUGAAACGACAGAUAUUUCAGUGCAGCUGGAUAGGUUCUACCAGUACUAUCGACAGGCCAAACAAGCAUGCAAGCCAAUGCGAAUUACUGCAUCCGUGGCGCCAGAACUACGUCCUUGUUGUUUAAUAAGCGAGAGUGCGCUGCUGGAUGUCCACCCUCUGGAGCUCUGCUUUCCCUUCGAGGCCAAAAAGGUUACACAGUGCUCACUGAACUUAAUCAACAGGACAGAUCGUUAUUUUGCCUAUUUUAUCAGGCCGCAGUUCCAAGAUAUGUCUGCUAUCAGCCAGCCCAUGAUCGCCUACGAUUUGCACCCAAUGUCCACUGUUGUUUUAACUGUGAAGAUGGUAGAGCAAGAGCUACCGCCACUAGACGCUGGAAUGUUUGAGAUACUGAUGAUCUCCAUGGAGAGCAAGACGGACCUUCAGAAUCUGGAGUCAUCCAUUGGCAAGGACUGCUAUGAAAUUGAUGAUGAAUUACUGAAGCGAGUGCAAGAGUUGGAUGGUGAGGUACAUGCCGCAAUGUUGACGACCGCCGUCUGCCCACCGAGGGAUGCUGCCCACAAGGUCGUAUCGAGAUUCGAAUUUCAGCACCUGGUAGCCAUGGAUAUGCAUCCCACACAACCCUGGAUUUUGACGGGUCAUAACAGGCAAAUUUCCAUUUUCAUGGACUACGACAAACAGGUAUCAUUUAUGUCAAUCGAUAUCGAGAACAAAACAGGCAAGCUUGAUCGCUUUAUAAAUGGUCAUGCACUCGUAAGAUCAGUUAAAUUCAUCCCUCAAAAGGAAUGGUUUGUGGCCGGAGAUCAUAAGGGAUACAUCCAUGUCUACACCUGUCCUCCUACCAUGAAAACAAUCGUGAGCUUCAAAGCAGCCGAUGCCAGUUCUGUCGUAUCAUUGGCGAUUCACCCUACUUAUCCAUACCUGCUAUCGGCGACUCAUAAUGGGGUUAACGGCGAUAUCAAGCUCUGGGACUGGGACAAGGGAUGGGCUUGUUCUCGACAUGUUCAUUUGGCCGAGAAUUAUUGUUGGGCACCCAGUGUCAAGUUUAACCCCAACGACCCCGACACCUUUUCUGCUGGAGCUAGCCCCGCGGAACAGGGUGGGCUCAAGGUCUGGUCAAUUAGCCCUUCUGCUCAGCCUAUCACAACAAUGAAACACAUUUCAGUCACCGACUAUGAUCAUGUUUCCACUGAUGAGGCUUGUCGGGACCAUGUGGUUAUUGCCGAAGACUGUAAAAAUAUAAAGAUAUGGGAUUUGCAGACGGGGACACAUGUUCAUUCGCUCUAUGCGACCGGAUCUUUUUUUCAUCAUGCAGUAGCUUGCCACCCAACACUUCCACUGAUAGCUGUAGCUAGCAAGGACAAUCCUUAUGCACCCGUUGUUCAGUUCUGGAACUCUACAAACUACAGGCUUGAGAAAACUGUUAGGUGUACGUAUGACUCGUGGAUCAAACAUCUUGGAUUUGUAGGCUCAAGGAGGUUCGUCAUUGGAACUGACAUGGGAAUAGAAGUUCUGGAAAUUGACAUGGAAUCACUAGCAUGUCGACAUGCGCAUAGGAGUUGGGGCACCCAACAAAACAAGCACGACAGUGGCCAUUUGCUUCGUUAUUUGUCUCCAGCGUAAGAGAUACAUGUGCUAAUUGCAUGCUAGCUAAAAUUAGCUAAAGUUCUAUGUUUGGUUAGGUUAGGUUCUAUGGAUGAUUUAUCAGGUGAAGUUUGCGGUGAAUGAAAGCUAACUACAUCUAUGAAUCAAUUUUUGUUGGAAUGGACGAAAUGAUCUGUCACUCUGAUUCUACUGUAAUCUUCAGAGUUUUACCUAAAUGUUCUGUCAGUCUGAAUGUACUGCAAUUUUCAGGAGUUUACAUUUGCCUGAUUGGUGACGUGCUACUUCUUUUAAUUUCAUACUAUCUAUUGUAAUCAAAGACCAAAUCUCAUAUAGAUUUUUCUACUGUAAGGUUCCUUACUCUAAUGUUGUGAAUAUUCAGUUUUGCAGAAACUUGCAGAGUGCAGUUCUUACUUUCAGUCUGUGUCCAGCUUGCAUGAACCUUGUGUCAUGUGCUCAUACUCAAUGUGUUGCGUUGGUGGGUGAAGUAACCUGCUUAAUGCGCAACAGUAUGAAUUUGGAUAUAAAUUUAUUCCUUAUUUUCGCUGCUAUUAUUUGUCUCCUUCUAUUCAUUCUCAUCUCAUACCGGAAUAACUUACCAUAACCUUAUCAAAACAUACCAGGUAGUUGUGUGGUGUGGCUUUUCAUGGCCUUCGUGGAUGCUCCUGCCUCCCUUGCUAGUUUUCCACCACACAAAACAAAACAAAACAAAACAAAGGAGAGAGAUCAGUUCUCGAAACUGAAAUCUUGGCCGCCCCGUUCUCCCAAGAAAUCUGCUAAUUUCCUUGCGAGUUGCAACCUUGGUGCUGUGGAUGGCGCUCGCAGUGGGCGCGCUCUCCUGUCGCCGUCCAUUCCCCUUCAAAGGAGGGGCGCACCCCUACUGGUGAAUUAAAAAGGCAAAAAAGGAAGCGUUUUUACAGAGCUAAGAGGAGGGAAGGGGGGAGACAAAUCAGGAAACAAAAAAAGAAAUGAAGAAAAUCAACCAAACUAAGAAAAUUACACUAGAUUGUUUAUCCAUAAUUCAAUCCACGGAAAGUAACUUCUUCUUGCACGCACCAAAAGUAGCACCAUUUCAGACUUGAAGAGUCUUUUGGCUUCAUUGAUCGUAGGCAAUCUGUUAUUGAAGAUGAGGCCAUUCCUUACAUGCCAGAUGGCCCAACACAUGAGUAUAAUGAUUUCCAUGUAGAAGGGAACUUGCAGCUGUCUUCUGAAACUCUCCAGAUUCUGAAAUAGGUCUUGCUGGUCAGAAACUUGCAAACCAAUCCAAUUCCAGCAGGUUGAGGCAAAGGGGCAUUGAACCAUUAAAUGAAGUAUCCUCAGUCAAGGAACUACAGAGCACACAACUGUAAUCUUGCAGUUCCAUAUUUUUCCUCUUUAAGAGCUCUCUGGUGCUUAAUCUGUCCUUAAGAAACAGCCAGGCAAAAACUUUGUGUUUAUUU